AUGAGGAACCUCUGCAGGAACCUGGAUCAGAACCAGAACAGAACAGUUCUGCUCCUUCAACCCGCUGGAGCGAGAGGGCUGGAGGAGGUUAGUUAGGAGGGAGGAAAGGACUCACUCACUCACUCACCAUAUGAAAACGCCGCCGCCGCCGCCGCACAGAUGAGGAGAGUCCAUCUGCAGUCCCGAACACCUGACAUGGUAGAAAUCCCAGUGGGCGGCCGUUAAAAUCCCAGUUGUUGUUGUUGUUGAUCCAGUUGACGGUAAAUUCGGCUCUCCGCCUCCACACCUCCACGCUGCUGCUGCUGCUGCUGCGGCUGCGGCUCUGUCCGGAGGUCUUAAGUUGGAUAAUGCGCACAAGAUUCAGAUGUAUGCGCACGGAGAUGUGCGGGACACGGUGUGCGGCGGCGCCUCAGUCUCCAAACUGACAGUCCACGGCCGAACCGCGUCUUUUCCACGGACACGAACAGAGCAGCGGGUUUUUUUCCACAUGGGAGAAGAAAGUUCAGGUAUCCUGCUCCGAUCUGACCGAGGAGCGGGGAGGCGGACAGAUCCUCUGCUCCCUGAAACGGGUCCAAGUCUGCGCCGCGAUAAAAGUCCAGAAACCAUAAAUCAGCGGAGAGAGGACGAGGACGCGCGUCUCCCUGCGUGUCUCAGCCCACCAGAACAGGGCUAGACCGGUCCAGAUACACACUCCGGGGGGUUCUGUCCGCGUCCGUCUCGAAUUAAUGAUUCAGAAAUGAGAUUCUUCUCCGCGUAAAUCCUGGAUGGAGAGAAUCCGGCGGAUCCGAACCGCUGUCCGGGUUCGAUUUUAGAUCCCGAUCCGAGCUGAGAGCGCGCAGUCUGAGCUGAAAACACGCCACAGAAGGUCCGGUUCGCUGCGGGAACACGGAACCGCGCUGGUUCACCUCCCUACCGCAGCAGCGUGCAGAAACGGUCCCCCCGGUCCGGAUCGCCCAGGCGCGCAGAAAUCCUCCGAAAAGUCCAGGAAACACUUUCCGGUUCCGCUUCACUUUGACAUGACGAGCCCGAAAACCGGAGCCGAGCCGAGCCGGUGCCGCUCAGAACCGGGAGUCUGAACCACAGCCAAGUCCCUCCAACUGUCGUUCUGGUCUUAGAUCCGGUCCACCUGAGCGAACCGCACCUGUGUGACGUCUUUGGACCGGAACACCUGCGAGUCCGUCUGCAGCUCCGAGUCUCAGUUCGGGUUUUCACUCCGAACCAAACUAAACGUGCUCACCUUAAAAUCCACACAGCCGCAGCUCGCGCACGACAAG